AUGGCAGAAGCCCACCAGGCAGUGGCCUUUCAGUUCACUGUCACUCCAGAGGGCAUCGAUCUGCGGCUUUCUCACCAGGCUCUUUCUGAGAUCUACCUCUCUGGUGUGCGCUCCUGGAAGAAGCGUAUUAUCAGGGUCAAGAACAGUGUGAUCUCAGGCGUAUACCCUGCCAGUCCCUCCUCCUGGCUUUUCGUGGUCAUAGCAAUCCUAGCCACGAUGUACACUCGCUCUGAUCCUUCCAUGGGUCUCAUAGCCAAGAUACAGGAGCACCUGCCUGUCAGCCAGAUGAGUACGCAGUGCCAAGCGGUGGUGUCGGCUGUACUCUUCAGCACAAUGCUGUGGCUUAUGCUCAUCUUCACCAUGCGCCUGUGUCUCAAGCAGCUCCUGUCCUACCAUCGCUGGAUGUUUGAGCAGCAUGGCAAGAUGUCCACCACCACCAAGAUCUGGGUGGCGUUGGUGCGGAUUUUCUCUGGCAGAAAGCCUUUGCUCUACAGCUACCAGGGUUCACUGCCAAACCUCCCUGUCCCCACCAUAAAGGACACAGUCAAGAGGUACUUGGAAUCAGUGCGUCCGCUGAUGAAUGAUGCCGAGUAUGAGCGCAUGACGAAGCUGGCCGCAGAGUUUGAGGGCAGCCUUGGUAACCGUCUGCAGUGGUACCUCAAACUCAAAGCUCUUUGGGCCUCGAACUACGUCAGUGACUGGUGGGAGGAAUAUGUCUACUUACGUGGACGAAGCCCCAUCAUGGUCAACAGUAACUAUUAUGGAAUGGACUUCUUGUAUGUGACUCCAACACCCAUCCAGGCAGCCAGAGCAGGCAACUGCAUCCAUGCUUUCUUCCUCUACCGCCGAAAACUCAACAAAGAGGAGAUUAAACCUAGUCGCAUCCCAGGCACUGUCAUUCCUCUGUGUGCUGCUCAGUGUGAGAGGAUAUUCAACACCACACGCAUUCCUGGCGAGGAGACCGAUACUGUGCAACAUUGGCAGGACAGUGACUACAUAGUGGUUUACCACAAAGGUCGCUACUUUCGUCUCAGAGUUUACCAGGCAGGCAGACUCCUGUCACCAAGAGAGGUUGAAUUCCAGAUUCAAAGGAUCCUCGAUGACUCUACCCCUCCAUUCAAAGGAGAGGCCAAUCUUGGAGCCCUGACUGCAGGAGAGAGAAUCCUCUGGUCCAAAGCAAGAGCCAAGUAUUUCAGCAGUGGGGUCAACAAACGCUCCCUGGACUGCAUUGAGAGAGCAGCCUUCUUUGUGACCCUGGACGAAGAUGAACAUUGCAUGAAUGGAGAGGAUUCAGCUGCCAGUUUAGAUCGCUACGCCAAGUCUCUGUUGCACGGCAAAUGUUACGACAGGUGGUUUGACAAGUCCUUCUCAGUUAUUUUCUUCAAGAAUGGAAAGAGUGGAAUAAACGCAGAGCACUCGUGGGCCGAUGCACCAGUAGUGGCGCAUGUAUGGGAGUACAUGUUGGCUACUGACAGUUUCCAGCUCGGCUACACUGAAGAGGGUCACUGUAAAGGAGAAGUAGACUCAUCACUUCCUCAUCCACAGAAGCUCAACUGGGAAAUUGUCCCUGAAUGUGAGGAGCAGAUCUCAGAGUCUCUGGCUGUGGCCCAGUCUCUAGCAGAUGAUGUGGACUUUCAUGUCUUCUCCUUUCGCGACUUUGGUAAAGGAAAGAUCAAAAAGUGUCGAGUCAGUCCUGAUGCGUUCAUUCAGAUGGCUCUUCAGCUGGCCUACUACAGGGAUCGGGGGACGUUCUGUUUGACGUACGAAGCCUCCAUGACUCGUUUAUUCAGGGAGGGCCGGACUGAGACCGUUCGCUCCUGCACCAAUGAGAGCAGUGCUUUUGUCCGAGCGGUAGAGAGUGGCGAGCCAGAAGAGGUGUGCCGGCGGUUGUUUCAGUCAGCGUCGGAGAAACACCAGCAUCUGUGUCGCAUGGCCAUGACCGGAGGUGGUAUUGAUAGACAUUUAUUUUGCCUCUAUGUGGUUUCCAAAUAUCUCGGCCUGGAGUCUCCCUUCUUGAAAGAGGUGUUGUCUGAACCAUGGAGACUGUCCACAAGUCAGACUCCUGUCCAGCAGGUGGAGCUGUUUGACCUGGUUAACAAUCCAGAGUACAUCUCGUGUGGAGGCGGCUUUGGACCAGUGGCUGAUGAUGGUUAUGGGUUGUCUUACAUGUUUUUAUCAGAGAACAUCAUGAACUUCCACAUCUCCUGCAAACACUCCUGUACCAGCACGGAUGCCCAUCGAUUUGGAGAUCAGAUAAGGAAAGCUCUGCACGAUCUGCUGAAGCUGCUGAGUCUGAGCCCAAAGGAGCCCAACAAAAUGGCGGAGGGUCGAGCUGAGGUCAAGAAAGAGAAGUAGACGCUUGCUCAGAAGAAAGGAUGCUGAAGAGAAAGAGUGUGUUGUCACAAACAGAAAAGUUUUUUUGUUCUUUACGUGUUGAGAGAUUUGUUGGACGACAUUUAAAAGACGGGUUCUGGGAACAAUGGGUGACAGUGAAGGCUGUUUUAAGUGACGCGAGCGAUGCGUCUAUUUUUUUGUGUAUGUUUUAAUAACUGUGACAGCGUAUGGAGAGAAAAAUGGUCCACACAAGGACAAAUAAACAAUUGUUGUAGUUUUAAAAAUCAAGCAAUCUAAAGUAAUCCAGAACAGUAAAUAUAAUUAAUAUUGUAAAGUUUGGUUAUAAUAAAAAAAACAGUAUUUGUUGCACCAAUCAUUAGGCUAGAAAGUUCAGAUGUCACUACUGCAGGGAGUGGUUCAGAUUAAAGUGCAGUAUGUUUUGAUGUUAAAAAGCAUGACUCACUUGGUGCCACUAAAUUCCUGUUUGAUAAUACAGCGUGAGACAUUUUAGCUGGAAGGUGUUGGAUGAAGGGAUAACGUGCAGGACUGUUGAGGUCGUUUCAUUUUCUACCACUUGAACGCAGAGUUGCUGUAGAGGUCAGAGCAGGUCUUUUAAAAGCUCAGAAGUCUGUGACUUUUGUGUCUUUACUCAAUCUGUAAAUCUGCUUUUUACGUACAAGAUUCUGAUGCUGUGCUGAGGUGAUUUAAACAUGGGCUGCGGUUUCAGACUUUUUAUCAGGAUUUAAAUUCACCGAGAAGAACUCUUGGUUUAUUUGUGAACAUAUUUAAGCUACAUGCAAAACUGUGCUGUUGUCAACUUCAGUUACUUCACUGCCACAUUUUUUAAACUUUGUUUUUACAUGUUUUAAAUUUGUGCCGUAACAAUGCAAACUUUAUUUAUGAACACACUGCAGUUCCUCAAGUCAGGUGUGGAUAAGAUGAUCAAUUUGUUGCCAGUGACACAGAUUUCUGUUAAUUUUCCACUGAUCUUUGCCUUUAUUUGCUGAUACUCACGCCACAACAAACCAUAUUGUUUGCAUAUAUUAUAUUAUUGCCAUUGUAAUGCUUUUUGAUGCAAUAUUAA